CGAUUAGGCAAGUUGUGUUUUUAAGAACGGAAAAAAAUAAGCCGCUGCGCGAAUACCUUGGGUAAAAUGUUGGAUAAAGUGAAACAUGUGAUAUUGGUACUAUCUGGCAAAGGUGGAGUGGGCAAAUCUACAGUGAGCACCCAAUUAUCGUUGGCACUCAGGGAAGCCGGUUUGAAGGUAGGUCUUUUGGAUAUUGAUUUAUGUGGCCCCUCUGUUCCUUAUCUUUUGGGCCUAGAAGGUCGUGACAUCUAUCAGUGCGACGAAGGAUGGGUGCCUAUUUACACGGAUGACACCAAAACAUUGGCUGUUAUGUCCAUAGGAUUUCUACUGAAAAAUCGCAAUGAUCCUGUUAUUUGGCGUGGCCCCAAAAAGACCAUGAUGAUUAAACAGUUUCUCACCGAUGUUAAAUGGGAUGAACUGGAUUAUUUGAUCAUAGAUACGCCACCUGGUACUUCAGAUGAACACAUCACCGUAAUGGAAUGUAUGCGUGAGGUGAAAUGUGAUGGUGCUAUUAUUGUUACCACUCCUCAAGGUGUAGCCUUGGAUGAUGUACGCAAAGAAAUAACAUUCUGUAAAAAGACUGGCAUACCGAUUUUGGGCAUCGUGGAAAAUAUGAGUGGAUUUGUGUGCCCACAUUGUGCAAAUUGUACAAAUAUCUUUUCGACAGAAGGUGGUGUGGAAUUGGCCAAAUUGACUGGAGUACCACAUUUGGGGACGGUGCCCAUAGAUCCGCGAGUUAGUGUUUUAAAUGGUACCACUCGGUCGGUGUUAACGGAACUGCCCGAAUCUGGUACAGCCGCUACUUUUAAAAUUUUGGUGGAGAAAUUAACCGCCUAAAUUAAUGCUAUAUGUACGAAAAGUGUGAUUAAAAAGUUUUAUAUGUUAAACAUGA